UGUUCUGUGGAAAGGGGCGGAAGAAGUGUGGGGGGGGGAGGAAAAAAAAAAGGAAAGAAAGGAAAGAAAAAGGGAACAGAAAUAUGGCCGUCAGCCGCCUGGGCGGCCGCGCCGGGACCAGCUCCUAGGCGAAGCCCUUGCCGCGCCGCCGGGCCUCCCCCGCGCCCACUCCAGCUCGGGGCCGUUACCCCUCGGUGCAAGCGGCGCCCCUCGAAGGCCAGCCCGGAAGGCCGCGCAGGCGCAGAUUGGCGGUGGAGGCGGCGGCGGCCGCCGCGGCAAGUCCACCCCCCUCCCCCCCCCCCCCACCCUCCCCGCGCCCGGCGCCGCCGAAGGCGCCCAGGCCGCGAAGCCGGCGCUUUCAUGCCCCGGGAAGGGGCCGAGUGGGGGCGGCGCUGACGGAGGAGCGGGCGGCCGGCAGGAACUAUUAUAGCAGCCAUGAUAGAAGACAAAGGGCCAAGAGUGACCGACUACUUUGUUGUGGCAGGUCUCACUGAUACAUCUACUCUUUUGGAUCAAGAGAUAAAUCGUUUAGAUACUAAGUCAACUGGACCUAAAGCUCCAAUUACAGAUAUUGCAGUUAUUAUCAAAUCAGCUGGGGAAACAGUCCCUGAAGGUUAUACCUGUGUUGAAGCCACUCCAUCAGCUCUUCAAGCAAACUUGAACUAUGGAAGUCUGAAAAGCCCAGAACUUUUCCUGUGUUAUAAGAGAGGGAGAGAUAAACCACCCCUUACUGACAUUGGAGUAUUAUAUGAAGGGAAAGAAAGACUUAUUCCAGGAUGUGAAGUGAUCCAAGCUACACCUUAUGGUCGCUGUGCCAAUGUCAACAAUAGUUCAACCACUUCGCAAAGAAUCUUUAUCACUUAUCGAAGGGCUCCUCCAGUUCGACCCCAGAAUUCCUUGGCUGUAACUGAUAUCUGUGUUAUUGUCACCAGUAAAGGAGAAACCCCUCCUCAUACUUUCUGCAAAGUUGACAAAAACUUAAAUUGUGGAAUGUGGGGUUCCAGUGUGUUUCUAUGUUAUAAGAAGUCUGUGCCUGCUUCUAAUGCAAUAGCAUAUAAAGCUGGUUUAAUUUUUAGAUAUCCAGAAGAUGACUACGAAUCAUUUCCACUUUCAGAAUCUGUACCCCUCUUCUGCCUUCCUAUGGGAGCUACUAUUGAAUGUUGGGAUCCUCAAACCAAAUACCCACUUCCAGUUUUUUCAACUUUUGUCCUGACUGGUUCUUCAGCUGAAAAGGUAUAUGGAGCUGCCAUCCAGUUUUAUGAACCCUACUCUCGGGAACUUCUAACAGAGAAACAGCUUAUGCAGCUGGGCCUUUUGACACCUGUGGAGAGAAAAGUAGUCUCCAAAUCUAUCAAUUCAAACAAAUGCAUUUGUUUACUCUCACACUGGCCUUUUUUUGAAGCUUUUAGAAAGUUUCUCAUGUUUAUCUACAAACUUUCUGUGUCUGGACCACAUCCUCUUCCUAUUGAAAAGCACAUUUCACAUUUUAUGCAAAACAUCCCUUUUCCUUCACCACAAAGACCAAGAAUCCUUGUACAGCUGUCAGUCCAUGAUGCCUUAAUAUUAUCGCAGCCAGUUUCUACACCUUUGCCACUAAGUGGAGCCAACUUUAGCACCUUGUUAAUGAAUUUGGGUCCUGAGAAUUGUGCAACACUGCUGCUCUUUGUUUUACUUGAGAGUAAGAUUCUGUUGCAUUCUCUUAGGCCAGCUGUGUUGACUGGAGUUGCUGAAGCUGUUGUAGCUAUGAUCUUUCCGUUUCAGUGGCAAUGCCCGUAUAUUCCCCUUUGUCCUCUUUCACUGGCGGCAGUGCUCAGUGCACCUUUACCAUUCAUAGUUGGAGUUGACUCAAGAUAUUUUGAUCUUCAUGACCCACCACAAGAUGUUGUUUGCAUUGACUUGGAUACAAACAUGUUAUAUAUAUCAGAUGAAAAGAAGAGUAUGAACUGGAAACAACUUCCCAAAAAGCCAUGUAAAAAUCUACUCAGCACCUUGAAGAAAUUGUAUCCCCAGCUGUCUACAGUUCAUCGAAAAACCCAGGAGGGUUCAGCAGUUGAGAUGACUCCAAUCGAAGCAGACUUUUCUUGGCAAAAGAAGAUGACGCAACUUGAGAUGGAAAUCCAAGAGGCGUUUUUACGCUUUAUGGCAUCCAUAUUAAAAGGAUAUAGAACAUACCUCAAACCAAUUACAGAGGCUCCUUCAAAUAAAGCCACGGCUGCUGAUUCAUUGUUUGACCGACAAGGAUUUUUAAAAAGCCGAGAUCGUGCAUAUACGAAAUUCUACACUCUGUUAACCAAAACACAGAUUUUUAUUCGUUUUAUUGAAGAAUGUAGUUUUGUAAGUGAUAAAGAUACUGGAUUGGCAUUUUUUGAUGACUGCAUAGAAAAGUUGUUCCCUGAUAAAGGCACAGAAAAAGCAGAUAAGGUUGAUUUUGAUUCAGCAGAAGAUACCAAAUUAAUAGAGCUAGAUGAUUCACAGAAAAGUGAGCAUACUGUGUUCAUAAUGCCACCAGAGCCACCACCUGAUGAUGAGAAGGAUCUGUCCCCAAAGUUCAGUUACAAGUACUUUCCAAGGCUGGACCUUAAGCUUUUUGACAGACCACAGGAGUUAAAACUUCGUUUUAGUCGACACCCUGCUGGGAAUAGCAUUACAAACAGUCCAGCUCUCAUGGCUAAGAGAACGAAACAGGAGAUACGAACAGCUCAUAAGUUGGCAAAGAGAUGUUAUACAAAUCCACCACAAUGGGCCAAGUGUCUCUUCAGUCAUUGUUACAGUUUAUGGUUUAUUUGUCUCCCAGCCUAUGUUAAAGUUUCUCAUCCUAAGGUCAGAGCACUUCAGCAGGCAUAUGAUGUACUUACUAAGAUGAGGAAAACAGAUGUGGAUCCACUAGAUGAGGUGUGCUAUCGAGUAGUAAUGCAGCUUUGUGGACUUUGGAGUCAUCCUGUUUUAGCAGUGAGAGUCUUAUUUGAAAUGAAGACUGCAAAGAUAAAACCAAAUGCUAUUACUUAUGGCUAUUAUAAUAAGGUAGUUUUGGAGAGCCCUUGGCCUAGCAGUACCCGCAGUGGUAUUUUCUUAUGGACGAAGGUGCGGAAUGUCAUCCGUGGCUUGGCACAAUUUAGGCAGCCACUUAAAAAGACUAUGCAAAAGUCACAGGUCUCUUCAUCAUCAGUGCCACAGAAUUCCACAGGUGGAAGUGAUGGGGACACGAUGAGCCAUGGUAGCAUGGAUAGUGCUACUGAUGCUAACAAUGGCGAGCACACAGUCUUCGUCAGAGAUUUAAUCAGUGUUGAUUCCACCGACAAUCACUCAAGUACAGGUGGUCAGUCUGACCAAGGCUACGGGUCUAAAGAUGAACUUAUAAAAGAUGAUACAGAAAUUCACAUGCCUGAAGAUCAAGUAGCACGAGAACUGAUAACUAAAACAAAAGACCAAACAGAACCGUGUGACAUCCCUGCUACAGUAGUGAAGCAUUCACAGUCUCGGGAGGAGCUACACAGCCCUGCUGAACCUCCCGGCUGGGGCAGCAGCAUCGUGAAGGUCCCAUCUGGUAUUUUUGAUAUCAGCAGCAGGAAAAGUAGCAUUGCUAGUACGUCGAAUGUGCUGUUUUCUACUCAAGAUCCAGUUGAAGAAGUAGUGCCUGGUGAAGUCACUAAUCUCAAGAAGAAUGGUGAUAAGGGAGAAAAAAGACAAAAACAUUUCCCAGAGAGGAGUUGUAGUUUUAGUUCUGAAAGUCGAGCAGGAAUGUUGCUGAAGAAGAGUAGUUUGGAUUUGAACUCCAGUGAAAUGGCUAUCAUGAUGGGAGCAGAUGCCAAGAUCCUCACAGCAGCCUUGUGUCCCAAGACUUCUCCACUUCAUAUGGCAAGAACCCAUAGCUUUGAGGGUGUUAGCUCUCAUCUGGCUGAUUCCAGGACUCGUGUGUCGGAAAGCUUAUGGGAGUCCGAGCACAGAUCUGCCAUGUUAGAGAUGCUGGAGGAAAGCCAAGAGCCUCUUGAGGCUGCUAUUGAUGACAGUGAAGUGAAAACAUCGGUGACAAAGGAUACAUAUGACAGUCUGCAAAGUAAUAGUAGCAGUAAUCAGUCCAUAGACUUAAAGACUGAAUCCAAAGAUCAGUCGAAUAAGAGAGGUAGUUUAUAUGGUGUUGCUAAAGCUGUCGAGAGGGAAGAUGUUGAGACUGGACUAGAUCCUUUGUCUCUUUUAGCUACUGAAUGUUUAGGAGAAAAAUCUGACCCUGAAGAUAAAUUUUCUCCAGUUAUUGCACGUAAUCUGGCUGAUGAAAUUGAAAGCUAUAUGAAGCUAAAGAGCCCUGUAGGCAACAAACCGUCUAGUGUGGAAUUGCACAGAGAGGAGAACAGAGAUUCUAGUCCUACUGCUGAGUUUGUGCAAGCUGUAGACAGGAGAUCAAGUCUACCUUUAGAUCCUGGUCCACCAACACAGGAGAGUCCUGAAAGUGAAAAGCCUUCCCCCUCGGUGUCCAGGUCUAAAACGUUCACGGGGCGUUUUAAGCAGCACACUCCCUCGCGCGCUCACAAGGAUCGUUCAGGGUCUCUGUCAGCACUUGUGCGUUCUUCACCACAUGGCUCAUUAGGCUCUGUGGUAAACUCUUUUACCACGGGUUUAAAGCUGGAUAAUAUACUCUCGGGCCCCAAGAUGGAUGUGCUGAAAUCUGGUAUGAAACAAGCAGCAACAGUCGCCAGUAAGAUGUGGGUCGCUGUAGCAUCUGCCUACAGCUAUUCAGAUGAUGAGGAGGAAACUAAUAGAGAUUACAGCUUCCCUGCUGGCCUUGAAGACCAUAUUUUGGGGGAAAACAUGUCAUCUAACACAAGUCUUUCAGGACUGGUCCCCAGUGAACUUAACCAGAGCAACACAAGCCUUGGCAGUAGCAGCAGCAGUGGAGAUGUAGGAAAACUGCAUUACUUAACAGGCGAAGUUCCAUUUCCAAGAGGCAUAAAAGGACAGGACUUUGAAAAAUCAGACCAUGGUUCUUCUCAAAACACCAGCAUGUCUAGCAUCUAUCAGAAUUGCGCCAUGGAGGUUUUGAUGUCAAGUUGUUCACAGUGCAGAGCUUGUGAAGCUUUAGUUUAUGAUGAAGAGAUUAUGGCUGGCUGGAUGGCAGAUGAUUCAAAUCUGAAUACAACUUGUCCAUUCUGUAAAAGCAACUUCUUGCCUCUUCUCAAUAUAGAAUUUAAAGACCUCAGAGGCUCUGCGAGCUUUUUCCUGAAACCAAGUACCUCUGGUGAUAGUUUACAAAGUGGAAGCAUCCCAUUGGCAAGUGAACCUUUGGAGCAUAAGCCUGUGUCCAGUUCAGCAGAACCUGACUUGAUCAACUUUAUGGAUUUCCCAAAAUUUAACCAGACCAUAACUGAAGAAACAAGCUCUGCAGUUGAAUCAAGUGAUGAAAUAAAGAAAAUCAGUGGAGAUGUCCAAACUAUGAAAAUUUCAUCUGCGCCUAAUAAUUUGUCAAAGCGGAAUGUGUCUCUUACUCGAAGUCACAGUGUAGGAGGGCCCUUGCAGAAUAUUGACUUUGCCCAGCGACCGUUUCAUGGCAUUUCAACAGUUAGUCUUCCCAAUAGUCUUCAAGAAGUUGUGGAUCCUUUAGGAAAAAGACCAAAUCCUCCCCCUGUUUCUGUGCCUUACUUGAGUCCACUAGUGCUUCGUAAAGAACUUGAGUCUUUGCUAGAAAAUGAAGGUGACCAGGUGAUUCAUACAUCCUCUUUCAUCAAUCAGCACCCAAUCAUUUUCUGGAACCUUGUUUGGUAUUUCAGACGUUUGGAUCUUCCAAGUAACUUGCCAGGACUUAUUCUAUCAUCUGAACAUUGUAAUGGAGGUGUGCAGCUUCCUCUGUCAUCACUGUCCCAGGAUAGCAAACUUGUAUAUAUUCAGUUGUUAUGGGAUAAUGUCAACCUUCAUCAGGAACCAGGAGAACCUCUCUAUAUCUCCUGGAGGAAUUUCAAUUCUGAAAAGAAAUUGACUCUUCUGUCAGAGGAACAACAAGCAACAAGCACUUUAGUUGAAUCCAUCAGGCAAAGUAUUCAACAUAAUGAUGUUCUUAAACCUAUCAAUCUUCUUUCACAGAAAAUGAAGCCAGACAUGAAAAGGCAAAGGAGUUUAUACAGGGAGAUCCUCUUCUUGUCAUUAGUGUCUCUUGGAAGAGAGAAUAUUGAUAUUGAGGCUUUUGACAAUGAAUAUGGAGUUGCAUACAACAGUCUGUCAUCAGAGAUUCUUGAUAGGUUGCAGAAAAUUGAUGCCCCACCAACUGUCAGUGUGGAAUGGUGCAGGAAGUGUUUUGGAGCACCUCUCAUUUGAAUAAGAAAGUCACUAGAAAUUUGACACUAAGCUGAAGGAAUUAGAUUCAUUUUGGAAACAUCCAUCUGUGUUUUUUUUUUCUAAAUCCUAAGAUUUGAGGAAAGUUAGGCAGUUCUUUGGACAAUAUAUAAUGAAAUGUAAUUCACACUGAAUCAUCUCAUAAUGUAAAAAUGCCAUUAAAAUGCCCCAGUUUAUUGAUGUUGAACACUUUUAAUUUAUGAACUGUAAAACUGCCUCUGCUAAAAACUCUUGAUUUCUCAGUAUUUGUUGGUAGUUUGAUGAGAAGCCAUGUUCAUUCUUGGCAUUUUGUUUAUACUAGAAACUGAUUUGGGAAAAGGCAAAAUUGAUGUAAAUUUGCCUGAUUCCAAACCGAAUGAAAUUUUAUCAAUUAUGAGCAAUUACGUCUUGUGCAUGUGUGUAUAUGUACAUAUAUGUGUGGCUGUUUAGGUAUGUGUAUAUUACAGCCAUGACAAUAUAUUUAUUAAAUUUCUUAGGUUGCAUGUUGCAAUACAAUUUUCUAAAAGGGGUCUAUUAAAUGACUACUACUGAACCUUGUUUGUAGUCAUUAAUUUCAAAAUUACUUUAAAGUCUGAUGACCAUUGCCUUGCCUCUGACUUUAAACUUAAUAUAUAUUUUCACCCUACACCUUGCAUAAUAGAUUAUAUCUUGAAUAUCUAGUUACGCUUCCUCUUCCCAAAACCAUGCUAAUUUGUAAUAGCUUUAAAAUUGGAAUGAGCCAAUCAUUGUUGUAAGUAAACCAGCUUCAUAAUUUAUGAAAUUGGAACCUACUUGUUUAGGUACACAUAUCGUUUUUUGGUCACUUUUAAAAACCUGUGGGAUAAACUUGCACUGUACACAGAAGUUUUAUUCUUGUAUAAUAGAUGUGUAUGCUUAUAAGUAUAAAUGUGCAUUUGUAAAUAGUUUCUUAGAUUUAAUCAAUUGUCUUAAAACUUUAAAGCUUUGAACUUUGUUGCCAGUAGGUUGAAGAAAAUCAUGACCUCACAUGCCUCACUGACAUUUAUCAUGCCUUUUUUUCAAAGUAUCCUUUAGGAACAGUUAAGUUUGCCUUAACUUUUUGCAUGGUUUAAAAUCCAUUUGUGUGACCUUUUAGCUAUUAUGUAGGUAACUGAAUCAGUUAAGGAAAAAAAUAUUCCUAGUGGUACAGUUAACAGCACAAAUUUCUCUUCUUGGUCUUUUUAAAAUAAAAUGAAAUAUCAACAUUUCAGGGUUAAGCUGACCUAUGCAGAAUUCUGUGUUCAAUUUGUGAAAGUACUAAAUGAAAAAGAACUUGUCAGAAAUUAUGUACAAUCCUCAGUACCUUCAAAAUGGAUCUUUUGCACUGUCUCAGAGUAUAUAUUUUUGCAAUUUAAGACUUGGUACUACUUUUAAUAUUUAACAUUCAUUCCUGAAAAGUUUGGAAUUAUCUUGCAUAUAAAAACUGAAGAAUUAA